AUGGCAGCUUCCGCUCACUCGCAAUGCGUCGCGGUUCCGAAUCCCCGCGUCGGCAAUAACUCUUCCGUCAUCACCCGGCCAUGUCUCGCGUCAGGAUCCCCACAGCUCCCCGCCUCCUGCGCCUCGUUCCGCUCUCUCCCCCUCAUCUCCCUCCCCCUUCUCCCCUCCCUCCGCCUCCCUUCCGCCGCUCCCAGCGCGCUUCCACGCUCCGCGCAAAUCAGGCUGUGCAUAAGCGGCGCGGGGAAGGGUACAUUUUUAAGGCACGAAUGGAAUGGGCUUCGGAGCAAGGGACUGGGGUUGAGGGGGGGAUUGCGGAGGGCGCAAGGAUUAGGGUUUUCAGCGCGGAAGGCGAGUGGGGGGGAUGGCGCGGGCAAGCAUUUUGCGCGGUCGGCGGAAGAUCUGGGGGAGAUUUCCAAUACGAGUGGCAUACGGGGGAGUGCAGAGCGGAGCGAUAAGGGGAAGGAGAGGGGAGGUGGGGCACGCAGAAACGGCGGAGUUGGUAGCGAAUCAGUUGAUAACGGAUCGGAGGGCUGGAGAUCCCAAGGCUGGGACGACGAGACAAGCGAAUUUGGAAGCGCUUACAACGCGUCGAGUGCUUAUAACGGAGGCGGUUACAGCGAGGACGAGCGGAAUGUGACUAGAACGGUGGACCAGCUGAUGGAGCGAUUCGAAUCGCUACAGCAGCAGCGAGAGCGGGGCGCAGGUGGCGCCGCGAUUGGCGGAGGUAUGACGCGAUUCGAGAUGGAUGAUGAUGAGGUGGAGGAGGAGGGAGGAGGGGAGGAUCUAGAGGAGCUAGAGGAGGGGGUGCUGGAUGUGAUUGUAGGGGAGAGUGACUAUGAAGAGGAGGAGGAAGAGGAGGAGGAGGAAGAGGAGGAGGAAGAGGAGGAGGAGGAGGAGGACGUGGAGGGGAUGGGGAUGGAGGGGAUGAGCAUGAGCGAGAGAGUGCAUCAGCUGCAGAUGCGAGUGCAGCAAGCUCAGUAUGCCACUGCUGCUGGUGCAGGUGCUGGUGCGGUGAUCACGGCUCGUGAUCUGGCGAGGCUGUUUGACCACCCCAUUGACAAGUUCCAGCGAGUGGCGAUAGAGGCCUUUCUGCGAGGCUCCUCAGUGGUGGUGAGUGCGCCCACCAGCAGCGGCAAGACACUCGUGGGGGAGGCAGCAGCAGCAGCCACCAUGGCGCGGGGAGGGCGCCUCAUCUACACCACGCCGCUCAAAGCCCUCUCCAACCAGAAGCUGCGAGACUUCAGGGUGAAAUUUGGGGAGGGCAACGUGGGGCUGCUGACUGGUGACGUGGCAGUGAACAGAGAUGCGCCCAUCCUCGUCAUGACCACCGAGAUCCUGCGCAACAUGCUCUACACCAGCAUGGGCGCAGGGGAGGCGGAGGAGGAGAGGCUGAGGGGAGUGGAGGCGGUGGUGCUGGACGAGGUGCAUUACCUCUCUGAUAUCUCCCGAGGCACUGUGUGGGAGGAGACGGUGAGUGGGAGGGGCAACUGUGCUGUGCUGGGGAUGGUAGGAAUGGGUAUCACCGCACUCACUGGAGGCGGUGGUGCUGCACGAGGUGCAUUACCUCUCUGA